AUGGCAGACACAGCCUCCCCCUCCCUCGCCGUCGCCCGCUGCUCCUUCCGCUCCUGCAUCGCCGCCAACCCACUCAUCGACCCCUUCACCAACUACAUGCGCGGCGCCGCCAUCCACGCCAACAACACUGCCACCCUCUCCGUCUCCCUCUCCUCCUUCCGCAACGGCUCUAGCGCCAUGGGCGGCGCGGGGAUCAUGGCUUUAAGAGUCGCCAACCUCACGGUUACCGCCUGCGGGUUUCGCGGUAACCACGCUUUCACUCCGCAGGGCGGGGGAGGAGCAGCACUGGAAGGGCAGGACAGCAAUGUCACCAUUCUGCACUCCUGGUUUCUCAGCAAUCAAAGCACACGACAGACGCGGCGACGGGUCAGGGGGGGCGCGUUGCUGCAUGCGUGGGGGAUGAUGGGGAACGAUCCUGUGCGGAUGGAGGUGGAGGAUUGUGUGUUUGAGGGGAAUACUGCGCGGUUUGCAGGCGGAGCGAGCUUUGAGAGCGACGCUGUGGUUAGACGCACGCGGUUUAUCCGCAAUGCGGCGUCUUUCCGCACUGCCGGCGCUGCGCUCUUCUUGCGGGAAGCAACAGUGGAAGGCUGUGAGUUCAGUGCGCUCUUCUUGCGGGAAGCAACAGUGGAAGGCUGUGAGUUCAGUGGUAACACAGUGCUGCACAACGGAGGGGCCAUAGUAACUGGGGGCGUAGGGCCGACCAACAUCACCCACACCGCCUUUCUCAACAACACUGCUCUGUCGGGGGAGGGCGGGGCGAUCUAUGUGCAAGAGCUCUUUCUCUUAAGAGGGAACAACACCCAUUUUCUCGCCGUCUUUUCAUUGCAUCGUGCGUGCAGGGCAGGGCACCACAGGCACAGUCCUUCAUGUAGUCUUCCAUACGCGUCGCCAGAGUCGGGACAAGCAACCACGGGAACGGUCCUCGUGUCCCACUCUCUCUUUCUCAACAACUCCGCUCUGCUCUCCAAGGGAGGAGCCAUCGCUUUCUCUGGCAACAUACUCACUAUAGACAACUCCACUUUCGUCAACAACUCCGCCCUGGUCAAGGGUGGAGCGAUAUCAGUUGAGGUGGCCUCUACAGCAGCAGCCAACGGCACGCUCUAUCCUGUCACUGUCGCCCACUCGCGCUUCCUCUCCAAUCGGGCUGAUCUGGGCGGGGGAGCAAUCUCCCUUUCCUCCCAGGCAGCACUCAGCGCACUCAACUGCUCCCUCCUCUACUGCCGCUCCGGCAGCGGUGGCGCCGUGCUGAUCGAGGACUUUGGACGGCUGAGAUUGCACCGCAGCAGGUGGGAGGGCAGUGGGGAGCGGGACGCAGGGGGCCAGGCGAGGUACAGGGUGAUGGGGGACGUGGCCAACCCCGUCGCAGGGCUGCACGUCACUCUGCUCGAUGCCGCCGGCGUCGUUGCUUCCAGUGAUGACUCAGUACUGGUGGAGGUGGUACCCAGCCCAUACAUUUCUGGGGAGCUGCGAGCAACAGCAGUGGGCGGCACUGUCACCGUGCCACCCAUCACCAUCGUCCAAGUCCCCCCCUCUCUCAAUCCUGCUGCUGACCCCUCAGCUGCUGGUAACCCUUCCGAUACCCCGACUGGUAACCCUACCGCUGCUUCCACCGGUGGUGAACCCAUUGCUGCUGCUUACUCCGCUGCUCCCACCGAUGCUCCCGACGCGACAGCUGGCGUGCUGUCAUUGGCUGUGGCCGUCAGCAGCCCGCUGAACGCGUUUCCGCCGUUUCAGCGCACGCUGGAGGUCGUUUUCUGCCCGGCCGGGCAUUACUGCGGGCCAGGCAGGGGAGCGCAGCACUGCCCCGAUGGCACCUUCUCCUUCCGCCCAGGUGCCACCUCCCCCACUCACUCCCCCCCGUCCUUGCAUCGGCUGUUCACAUCACACGCCCCUUCCCAUGCCAUCUUGCACUCUCUCCCAUCUCCCCUCCUUUCCAACACCUCUCUAAACUCAUUCCGUCCCAUCCCAUCCCCUCCUUUCCUCUCCCCUCACCCACCGUCCCAUCCUCCCCAUGCCCACCAUCACCUUCUCCUUCCGCCCAGGCGCCACCUCCCCAGUGACUGCCUCCCCUGCUCCAACACCACUGCCGACAGGACCCAUCUCCCCGCUAUGACCUGCGCCGACGGCGUUGCUGACGUGGCGGUGGGGUAUUGGCUGGAUCCGGGGAGUGUGGAGAAGGGGGAGGUGGUGGUGUAUUCCUCACAGGACGUACCACCACCUGCAGCAGCAGAGGCAACAGCGUGGGCCUCAGCCAUUGGUGCGUACGGCCUCCCUCGAAGCAGCUCCCGCCGCGAGAUCGUCCCCGACUCACCCCGCGCACCUGUUGCAGCAGGGGGUCUGGGAGCAGUGCUGGCGGUAGGAGUGCCAGGAACGCCCGUAGCCCGGCCAGGGAUAUCCCGCAGAGAGAUCGUACCCGACUCACCUCUGACCUUCUCCAGAAGCGCUUCUCGCCGCGCUGCUCCCCCAGACUCACCCGCUUCCUCCGCCCUCUCCACCUCCCCUUCCGCUGCUGGGCUCCUCGGCCUGCCUGGCCCCGGCAGCCUGGGCGGCUUCUCCUUGUCCCGUAGCGGCUCCCGCCGCGACCUGUCAGGUGAAUUCUCAGGUGUUUUGCCCGUCGUGCGGCAGUCCAUGUCGCGAAGCUCGUCGCGGCGGGAAAUCUUAUCGGAGAUCGAAGGGGAGCUUGCAGCGGCAGGGUUACCAGGGUCGCUCUCCCGCUCGUUGUCUAAGUCACUGUCUCGGAGUGCGUCGAGGCGGGAGCGGUGGAAUGAUGGGAGUAGUAACUUUGGAGGGGGGGUUGUAGGUGGUGUCUCUGUGGCGGAGCUGACUCUCACGUUUCAGCGCCACCUGGCGAUCCUGGUGCGCGUGGAGGCACACAGGAGGGAGGACUCGCUCAGGCUUCUACUGCGGUCUGAUGCGGUGCAGGACAUCAUUGCAUGGUUGACAUCGCCGUACUGUAAUGCGGAGGAUCAACGGCUUGUCUUGGAGUUGGUCAGAUUGAUGAGGGAGGCAGCAGAAGCAGAAGCCGGAGGGCUGCAGUGUUCCCGUCACGGCCGUGCUUCGGGCAAUCGUCACCCUGCUGAAAAUGUCGCGGAGGCCGAAACAGGUUCCGACACUGCUGAUCGUCGCGUGUUAGCCGAGCUGGCGACGGCAAUAUCCCUCGCGGAACGCAUUCUGCAAAUAGCCGCUACGGCGUCGCAGUCCCGCUCCCACCGGCUACUAACGGAUCGGAUUGCAACGCGUACGCAGCAGCUUCUUCCCGUGCUUCGCCGGCUGCAGGCUUCGUCCAUGAGCCUCAUCCACGACCCCAGAGCCACCUUCGUCUUCGAGCGUCUGGUUACAGAGUUACAGGAGGCGAAACAUCUUUUGGAGACCAGCACCAAGGCGUCCGUGCUCGGCAUUAUGUUCCGCUUUAAGCGCCGAUCGGAAAUCGCGGAGCGGCUGGAGACUUGUUUAGCGGAGAUCCGGCAGUGCCACACGGAAUGCCUCAUUCUGAUUGGUCAGGACAAUUUCCACGGUCGAAGCACCUACGCGCCGCGCAGCGCUACCGACGUCCCUCCCGCAACAGGCGGCGCCAACACCGGCCGCGGAGGUAUCGGAGGAGGUACCGGCGGAGGCAUCAGCGGAGACGCUCCAGAGCGACUAGGAUCGGAUUAUGGUUCCGCGGGUGGAGGUUUGCAGCGGGGUUUUUCAACUGAGGUGAUUCUCCCUUCCAGCCCCAUGGUAGACCGCUCCCCACGCGCUUGGAACGGAGGCAGGCAACCGGGUGCCCAUAGUCCCCGGCCCCGCGCGCUUCCGCGGUCCGGAAGCGACGGCUUGCCAGAGCAGGUGUCCCGCGGCGCGCACGGGGGUCACGGGGUUUAUGGCGGUGGUCACGGGGAUCGCCAUUCGCAGAAGCAGCAGCGGCGCCUGAUGCCGGAAUUAAAUCGGCCCGGCACGGCGGGCGAGGCGAUGCCGAUGCCCCGAUCUUUCUCCUCCACGGACGCUGCUGACGUGGCAGCGGCGCGCGGCACUCCCGGGGAGUUCUCGAUGGACAUUCCGAACGUGCGACGCGCGAAUGCCGCCAGGCAAGCGGGUGGCUCGGAGGAGAUGUACGAAGACGCUAACGGAGAGAUGACGGUUUCUGAUUACACGCCAUCGCGCGUCAGGCAUGCAUCAGAGUACCCCCGGCCUCCCCCCAGUGUGAGUAGCAUUUGCUCGGAAUCCGACCACGCGCGAGUGCUCGUCUCAGCGCUCAUAGACGGGUCCCCCGCGGAGAAGCGCGCGGCGCUGGCGGCGCUGCUAGAACUGGCGGAAUCGGAUGAGGGGAAGCUUAGCGUCGCCGCGGCGGGCGCGGUUCCAGUGCUCUCGGUCCUCCUCACUCUCCCCGACAGUCCCGGGGAGCCUACGAAACUAGCCGCCGCGCGCGUGCUGCUGCGUCUUGCGUGCUUAGACGAGAACCGAGUGGUGAUCGCUAAAGCGGGGUGCGUGCCGUCGUUUGUGUCGCUCCUGCGCACCGGGGGCCCCGAGGCGCGAGCGGUCGCGGCGCGGGUGCUGUGGAACUUAGCGGUGAACACGGAGAAUAAGGUUAUAAUCGCCGCGUCGGAGGCUGUCCCGUCGUUAGUCGCGAUUAUCCAAUCGGAUUCUCAGAGUGAGGCGAAGCAGGAAGCAGCAGAGGCACUAGCGCAGCUUACGGCCAACAAUGUUAAGAAUCAGACGGCUGUAGCUGAAGCAGGGGGUGUCCCAGCUCUCGUGACUAUGCUGAAAGAAGGCUCGCCUCCCGAGCAGGAGAAAGCGGCGCUCGCUUUAGGCACACUCGCUGUGAAUCACGACGAGAACAAGCUUACUGUAGCGGGGGCAGGCGCGUGUCCCCUUCUUCUAGACCUGCUCUGUCAGAACAACCAUCCCGAGGCUUCAAAGAAUGCCGCGUGGGCCCUCUACGUCCUGUCCUCUAACAAGGUAUCCGCGACUUACAUCCUCGCUAGUGGCGGACUCGUUGCAGUGAAAAGACAAUACAUUUUCAUGGAGCUUCGUACUGAGCUGUUGAAGCUGCUGCCGCUCGUCCAUCCCACUCCAGGCCUCGGUAGUACCGGCAGCAGGGGCCUCCCGUGCGAUGUGACUAAAGCGAAAACCGCGUUCGCUCCCUACAGAAUCUGCCCGUUAGGAGCUCACAUCGACCACCAGGGAGGAUCAGUGCUUGCAGCAGCCAUCAACACGGGGGUUCGCUUCCUUUUCCUCCCCACUCCCACUCCCCAGGUGAGCCUCCUUCCGCCUACAUCCCCCUCUCCCCCUUUUCUUCUUCCCUUAGUUUGCUCGUCGUCAUCCUCUCACCUUGUGAUUCACACCCAUUCUCCUUCUUCUACGGAUUUAUUAGUCAACCUGCAUUUGCAUUUUGAUCAGAGGCAGACAGGUGUCGCAUUCCUAUUGGCCCUCGCCGAUGCCAACAACCUCUCACUCUCUCCAUCGGAGCUCAUUGAGCUGGACAGGCUGAUAGAGAACGGAUUUCUUGGUUUACGAAACGGAGUGCUGGACCAAUCAGCAAUCGUUCUGUCAAAAGCUGGCCACCUCACACGCAUCUGGUGCCAGGAUCGUCGACACGACUUCAUUCCACUCCCUGCAGGUUCAGCAUCUGGGUCCGAUGAACAAGAUCCAAUCCCUCCUGUAGCCUUCAUGCUGGCCUUCUCAGGCAUGCAGGCGACUCUCACUUCCUCUUCAGGCUACAACAACAGGGUGCAGGAGUGCCAGGAAGCUGCCAGGAUGCUUCUCGCUACAGCAGGACUGGAAGUGCCCUCUUCUCCUGUUUUAUCACAAGUGCCGCUUCAUGUCUUCAAGACCCACGAGGACCAACUGCCUGAGGAGCUGCGCCGCCGCGCAACGCACUUCUUUUCAGAGAGCGCGCGAGUGCUGCAGGGCGCUGAGGCGCUGCAGCAAGGCGACUGGCGGCUGUUCGGGCGCCUCAUGUCGGAGUCAGGGCAGAGCUCCAUCGACCAGUACGAGUGCGGCAGCCCACCCCUCAAAGAGCUCCGGUCAAUCCUUCUGGCCACACCAGGUGUGCUCGGGGCCAGGUUCAGCGGAGCGGGCUUCAGGGGGUGCUGUGUGGCGCUGGUGGAGCGAGAGAAGGUUGCUGACGUGGCACGCCACGUGGCGGAAGAGUAUUCGCGGAGUCAGCCUGAGCUGGCGGCUGCGUGCCAGAAGGAUGGCAUGGUGGUGGUGUGUGAUAUAAGCGAUGGUGCUUGGGUUGUUUAG